UCUACAAUAGGUUCACAGAAGUCAAUUUUGAAGAUGUUUACAAGUUUCGGUCGUUGGGAAUUACGUCGUAUUUUGUCCGCAAUGUUAUAGCAAAAGUGAUUUGAGAGUUUCCAUUGAUGCGUGUGCGAAGGUCGACUGCUUUUGAUUCAUCUUAUACUCAAGAACUUUUGACACUGGCGGCGCGCCAUUAUGAAAGCAGUCUUCAAACAUCUCAUCUUUGUGACGCUGUUUUUGCUGGGAUCAAGAGUUAAGCGUUCCUUAACCUGCCUACCGAAAUGUAGCUGUGAAAAAAGAGAUAAUACUUUGAAAAUUAACUGUGACAACCGGGGAAUGACGAAGCCAGUGAAUGUUGAUGAUUUACCGGACAACAAGACGCUACUGUUGUAAGUGAUAUCGUCGAUCGAGAGCUGAGGCGUAGAUUUACAAUUUGACCUUAGCGUCCUCCUGUCUUGAUUUUACCUUACUCACUAUAUCAUGAUCAGUUCAAAUACUUUUAAAAGAUUUUGGUUAAAAGCGGUCGAUUUGCGCGUUGAAAAAAACUGUGCUAAGUGCUACCUGUUUUCGCGUUUUUUUUUAUGUCGAUAACCGAGUGAUUGAUCAAGUACUCAUGUGUUCUUUUAUUUUUUUGUGUCCAUUGCAGGGAUCUCUCCAAUAAUGAGAUAGAAUCAAUCGGCGACUUUGCCUUCAAAGGCAAAAAAGCUGCAAGAAUCAAAAAACUGUAAGAUUAACCAGAAAAAUGUGUGAAAAGCCAGUUCAUUAGUUUUUGUACGAUCAGUCUGACACCUAAGCUUAUUGAGAUUUAAGCCAUUGUUAUGUGUUCCUUUAUUCAGUAUAUUUCAGUGGUUUCCUCAAGAGUCCUCAAAACAGAAAGCAAUAUCACUUCAGCAAUUUCAAUUAAAAAUUGUUAAGCGUCCACUUAACAAAAUGUGCGCGUGAAAAAUCCAUUCCUUGUUUUCAGUAGAAAGGAAUUUGAUAGUCUUGUCAACGCGUUAACAUACCUUCCAGUUCUGGUUCUUUAAACUAGAAAGGUACAAAACCACAACUCUUAAAUUUUGUUGUUCUACAGUAAAGUAGUUUUGGAGACGUUUAAGCUUUUGUUUUUUUAUUUCGAUCCUGUUCUUAUGUUCGUUUUUGCCUCUGAAAUGAACUAGAUUCAACCAUCCAUCAACUGGUUCUAAUCGGCAUGCACUCGAAUAAAAGUCUUAAUUCACCCACUUAAGCGUUUCCAUUAUUCUUUGCAUUACUUGUUUACAUUAUUAUUUGUAGUAGCUGCUGGUGCCUGGAGAUGACUAUUAUUCGGAAAAUGUGAUCUUGAAGUGAUUUGUUUUCUUUUCAGUAUUUUAUCGGGCAAUAGGCUGAAGGUGAUUGCUAUAACUGCCUUUACCGGAUUGAGUAAAUUAACAAAGCUGUAAGUUGUUUUCCAUUUUACUAAUUAUCUUUCUAGCAAAGCAAAGCAACGCUUGAUUGAAACAACUUUUUACGUAAAAUAUACAGUCAUUAAUUCUCAUUUUGCAAAAAAAAGUGAUUUAUCGCCGCUUUCUAGAUUGGUCAAGAGCCUUGCAUGAAAUUGAAAACGCCCCAUAACACCCCAGCAUCAAGAUGAUUUAAAUUUUACUUUCAUUCUUUCCCAUUAUUUUAUUAAGCCUAGUUUGUUUUAUCUAAGAUUAAACCUGGGAUUAUUUUAUUUUUAUCCUGCCAUUGUGUCAGAUGUUAGUUGGAAGGUCUCUAGAUAACUUAGAACCAAAAAAGGGGGACAUUAUAUUGUGUCAUGAAUUAAAGUUGGCACUGCUAGGCAUGAAAGGUUUUAAGGGUAAGCUGAGUAUAUGAAGAUCUUUCAUGUGAAUUUGCCUGUAACUUCUUAGUGCAGUGCAAUUUGGUGUUGGGGGUGGGAGGGGGGUGGGGUCUCAUUGGAAUUCUUGGUGAGGGUGUACCACCUGGUUCUCCAAAUCCUGACUGUAUUUGAGACCAAAAACUGUCACUCCUCACAGCCAUUUUCAAAACUGCCUUCAAAUGCAUACCCAUUAUUAUUUAGAUCUGGCCUUAGUUGUCAUUUCUUAGAUUAGGACACCAACAAAUACCUGUCUCCAGACUGAAAAGGGAAAUCCCCCAUCCCCCUAGUACAAUAAUAGUUGCUGGCACGUCAAGGUAUUAAGAUUUUCGCAAGAUAAAGCAUAUCUAGAUAUUGUUGAUGAAGGGGUAAGGGGCUUCCAAACUUUUCUCAAGAUUUAAACUGUUUUCCUUAUAUUCAUAUUUUUCCACCCUCCCCCCCGCCCCCUUCACAUGUUUUCUUACUAAGAAGAGAAAAAUCUGAACAAGCUCGAGAUUUGAUAAGACAAGCAAAGGCAGUGUUUUGCAAGCUUUAUACUUAAAAAUUAAAUGCUCUACUUGAUCCUUUACAAUUUUAGUCGCAAACUUGGGUACGCCAGGAAGUACUCCCUGUAAUGACCUAUCUGCCCGAAAGGGGCACUUUUUUCAUGCUUCAGUUGAGGUAUAUGAAAGGGUAGGGAAAUCUGUGAUUUCGGUUGUGAAAAGGCUAAGUAUAACAGACGCGUUUUAUGGCUGUGAAAAAGUUGAGAAAACAUUCUAGUUUUGUGGUUUAUUCCUAUUGUUCUAAGCAAGGUAUGUGAAAGGAGUACCAUUUGUCAAUAGAAGACAACAUGAAGAGAUACCUUUUCUCUAAAAAAUAUUAUAUUAUUAAUUUAAUAUUAUAAUUAUAAAUGGGGAAGAGGAGGGACAGAGUCUCCCCAUAUAACACUUCGUUGAGUAUGCCUCCCCCCCCGGGGGUGGGGGCUUGUGGACCAAAAAAACCGUGAAAGCUGGGUCCAUUUAGGAGGGGGCAGUGACUCUCCCUGGACCCUCCCUGUGGAUCUGUUAUUGAAUAUAAUGUAUGUAUUGUAUACGGUGUUUUCUACUUACUUAGGUGCCCAAAUUUUUUUGUACAAAGAGAAAGAUGGAGAAUUGAUUUUCUUUGCAUCCUUGGGAAAGGAUUUAUUCUGUUUGGCUAUUCAGGGCUUCUGAUAUUUCACGGAAAAAAAAAGCAAAAUUUCACGGGAUUUUCAGGGGCAAAUUCGCAGAAAAAUCGGCCGAUUUCGUGGGAUUUUCGCAGGAGAAAAGUCAAACUUCGCCGGAAAAUCGUUUGAUUUCGCGGGAUUUUAGCGGAAAAAGUCAAAUUUCGAAGGAUUUUCAGGGGCAAAUUCUUAGAAAAAUCAGCCAAUUUCACGGGAAAUUUCGGGGGAAACUUUGCCAAGAAACAAUCAGUAAAAAAUAGCCGAUUUCACUGGAUUUUUUUGGGCAAAUUUCGCUAAAAUCGAUCAAUUUUGCGUGGAUAUGACCAGCGUUGUUUAACGUUUUUUUUAACAGGGAUAAUCAUUUGCUCUUUCAACAACAGUUCACUCGAGAAAUGAGCGAAUGCUAAAGCUAUUAACAUUAUGGUUAGUGCCCAGUUUUUCGCAACAUUAAUCUAAGACGCCUGGUAGUUUUGGGACGUUGUUUACUCGUUGCAGUGAUGAAGUUUCAAGAUAAAUUUGGACGUUUGGGGUGAAUAAAACAGGUCUAAUGGCCAAGAUAAGUAUUAAAUAUGUUUUGCCGACAAGUAUUUGGAAAUAUUUCUGGCGGAUUUCGCGGGAUUUCGCAUUUUUGGGGGAAUUUCGCGGAAAUACCUGAAUUUCGCAGGUCCGCGACCGCACAAAAUAUCAGAAGCCCUGGCUAUUGUUGGAGCAUAUUUUUGCUGUUUUCAAGAAUUUUCCUCCAUGUAUUUUCUAAUUUGCACCACUUUUUUGUUUAUUUUUCAGUGAUCUUAGUCAAAAUAGAUUAACUUCUCUACCUGCAGAUGUCUUUAAAAAGCUCAAAAAUCUUAAAAUCUUGUAAGUAACAUUAGUUUUGUAGUUUGUAUGUAUUGUACACUAUUCAGUCUACACAUACUUAGAAUAAGUGACAGGGGUGAAUCUGCUUGAUUUGUUUUUCUUUUUUAGAGAUCUGUCAGAGAACAAUAUAUUGAUGCUGAAUGGAACUCAAUUUAAUGGCCUCAAAAAUCUGAGAAUCAUGUAAGUUGUAGCGACGUUAUAAAGUGAAUUGCAGGUGUAUUUCUGAGUUCCUGAUCCCUUUGGUCUCCAAAGUAAAAACUCUUUUCGGGGGAUGUAACCCUUGUUUAUCUAUUAAUUAUUUUUAGUUCAUGUGAAUGAGAGAUUGUUUGUUCUUUUAUUUCUUUCAUACAGAAAUCUUUCUUCCAAUAAACUGUCAUUUCUUCCUGAUGGACUAUUUUACUCCCUCAGAAACUUGCAGAAAAUGUAAGUAUUCAAUUUUAAUUUAAUAAAUAACAUUUGAGAAAUCCAGGCCAGGUGUUAAUAUACAGGGGGUAUAAAUUUGUUAAAUUGUUAAUUGUGUGGUUCCAGAAAAUAUCCAGACUCCCACCACGGAGGGAAUUGGAAAUUCCAGGGGGGUGGGGGGGUCAGAGGCCCAGGAAAUUCCAGAGGGGAGGGGGGUUGGACAAUAAAAUCACUUUCCAGGGAGUCAAUAUCAUUUCGUUUUCGACCUGAGUUCGAACAUUGCUUCUUACCGACCUGGUAGAUCAUUUUUAGGACAUAAACAACUUGAAAUAUAUCAUUUAAGAUUGUUCCUUUUGAUGUUAACCAAGUUUCCUUUCUUCCAAAAGCAUUCUGGAUGCAAUUUCAAAGGAAUUAGUCCGACUACAACUCGUUUUAUCACAUACUCGUAUAUUCGGCUGCCAUUACUCGUUACCAGUCUCCCUCAAGACAUCAACACAAGCAACACAUCACGUUGUGUCAGUCGAUCGAUUGAAGAACAGUAGAGUGGCAAGCUUCUGAUGGAAACCGUUGCGUAUUAGCCAUAAAUGGCCUCAUUCUUCUACGUUAAUAGUCUUUCUUUGUGAAAAUGAACUUUUCCAGAGGGGCUGGGGGGUCUUUGUCAUACUUGGGGAAAUUCCGGAGGGGUGGGGGGCCAUCAGUUCCCUGCAAAAUGGAAAAUCCAGGGAGGUGGGGGGGUCCUAAGUGAAAUUCCCUUCGUGGUGGGGGUCUGGAUAUUUUCUGGAACUACACAUUGUUACAACUUAUUUACAGUAUUAAAGCAAUUGUUUUCACAAUUUUUUUUUCUUGAUCAACUCCCAUUAUUAAUCUUCCUUUGAUUAGCCUGCCAGGACUUUUUUUAACUUGUUUUUUUUUUUAGAGUGUCUCACAUUACCUUAUUAUAGAUAAUUUACACUCCUUGAAAUUAAGGUAUUGGGAACUGAUGUGACCUAAAUUAAUGUGAAUUUAAGGGAAAAAGAAGUUACUAUGGCGCCAAAGUAAUGGAAAUUAGGUCGUGGAAAUUAAUGCUCCACUCAAUUAAUGGUGUGGAAAUUAAUGUGUACAGAAGUUAAUGUGGCUUAAAUUAAAGCAAAUUUCAAAAAUUUGCGUUAAUUUCCUUUAAUAAGGUACAACAUGUAUCUUUAUUGAUCUUCUUCACUGCCAGAGUCAAUCAUUUUAUCCAUUAUGGGGACACAUGUAAUAAAUUUUUCACUUUUGAGUUUGUUGAGAAAUCUAGUGGCUUGACUAGUAUUCAAAAGACAUGUCUUAAGCUGUACAGUAGUACUUCACAUCUGUGCAUGUAGUUUGAACCUUGUAAUUCUGUGGAUGAUUUCCAAUGGUGCAGUGUGACCAGUCAAAUAAAACCUCUUAAGCAAUACUUUCAGUCAUUAUUUGUGCUACAUAUAAAAUGUAUUUAGCAUGUAUAGUUCUAACUUUCAAGUCAAUGGAUGGACAAAAUCCUAUGAUGCAACAUGAAGCCUUGUCGGCAGUACUUUCAUGAAGGACAAUGAUAGUAAUAUAUAUAAUCAGCGUGCAAAGAAAGUAGUGUCCGACAGCCCAGGGCAAGUGGAUUCUGCUAUCAGGCUAGUGAAUUCUUUUUUUAACUUACCCGACGGGCAAGUGAUGUUUUUUGAGGAAUUGGAACAACAGAAGAACUGUGAAAUCAAUUCUGCUCAUCAAAAAACUUUUGGGGCUUGUUGAAAUGACGUCUGGGCUUCGGGCAAGCUGUAAACUUGAUUUUCUUUCCACCCCGAAUAAUAUUAUCAUUACUAGGGUUUUCAAUGUUAAUGAAAUAAAAAAGUGACUUUUGUUUUCUGGCAUUCUUUCGCACUCUUUGGAAUCAAAAGAAAUUUCUGGUGCCUGUGUAACUGUACAAAAUAAAAACAUGCAAAGCUGCCAUAUGUGUGUACUACUAAUAAUUAUUAUUAAUUUUUAAUGCACAUGAAGAUUAACUUUGGAUUAUUUUAGUUUAAGAAAAAAUGUACUUAAAUUAUUUAUAAUGAGGGUUUGAUUGAAUAUUGAGAUCGCAUUCACUUUAUAAGAAGAUUAAAAACACAACUUCAACAUGGAUAAACUCGAGACAAUCUGUGAUGGGCAAUGGUACAUCAUCUGUGAUUUGAACAAAUGCCUUGGAGAACUAGUAAGGGUUUGUGAAACUAUGAAAAGAGCUGUGGAUUUUGCUACAGUCCAGACUGAAGGAGGAGAUUUGUCGAGGGAAGGUCUAGCAAAGAUGAUCAUGUCACUAAAGUACACCAUGACAAGAACUGAAGACAAUAUUUGCAAGCUGGUACAGUUCAUACGGCAGCUAAUUUUAACAUUUGACAAAGUCAUUUUGUUGAAGCACAAUAUGAUAAUGGAGGAGCACAAAGCUGUCAAAGAUAUGAUGAGUAAAGUAAUGGAACCUUACUCCCAUCAUCUUAGUGAAAGCACAAAGGAUUUGGUCAAACAGAAAAAGAAGUCAAACAUUGAUGGGAAGAACCAAAAACUAACAGAACAUGCCGUGUUAUAAUAAUAUUGUUAUUAUUGUAAAGUGCAGUGCUUGGACCCACAUAACUUACAUUCUCUAUUAUUAAAAAAUAUAAGUUGAAACUCAGAGAUCAUUCAGUUAUUCAAUCUUAUGCUUGUUAUCAGAUUAAUGGCAAAAAUUUCUAAAUUUACUUAAAUUCAUGGCCAGGUGGCAGCUUACAGCAUUUUUGAAAUAAUUAUUAUUUCGACCAGAGUUAAUUUUUUUAUAUGGUGUAUUUGUUCCAAGGAGUUUACUUAAUUGAAGAAGGAGGUUAAUAUUCAGCUUGUUUUCUUCAAAUGAAAACAAACAAACAAAAAAGUUUGUUUGUGUUGAUCUUUAUUGACAUUACUCUAUCCUUAGAUAUUUCGCCAACACCAGUUGAAAUAUGUUGGGAGCAUACAUGUAUGAUCAGCUUGCCACCAUUAUUGGUCUGUGUGCUUUGAUAAGCUAAAACAGGUUGCAGUUAUUGAAGUGGCAUCACAUUCUGUGGUCAGCCUGUCUCUUGCAGAACCUCGUAUAAUAUUUUACACAUAAUUAUUGGCUCAGACAUAAUAAGGUUCUUUGCCAUUUGCAGUGUUUUUUCAAAAAGCAAUAAAAUGAAGAUGGCAGCGACUUUGGGCUAGACUCAAUGUCCAGUUUUGAAAAAACAUGGUUUUGUUAAAACGUACAGUGCUCUUAGUUUUGACCGCAGAAUAAACUAUUUUAACAUGGCACUUUUUGCAGUUUGAUUUCACUUUCAAUGGAAAGUUUUUGUAAUGUUCUAUUGUUCUUGUGAGCCAAUCAAAACUUUUCUCUUGUGAUGCCUUUUAAAGGACUGUCAAAUUGCUAGUAGUCCUGCACUUGUUUCCAGUUUUCCCAAACAGGAAGCCGUAAUAAACAUCUUUUUAGCCUCAUUUUCUUGGUCUGUACUGUAAAUCACAGAUCUUUGUUUUUUAAAAUCAAUUUUUCAGUGUAGAGGGAAGUACAUGUGCUGUAUUUCCUCCAAUAUAAGUGCCCACACUCUAAUAAGCACCCUCCCCUAAAUGAGCUCCUAUCCCUAACAAAGCACCCUUUUCAAGUAAUUGUCCCCCUCCCAUCCCCCUCACUUUCUUAAAUAGUAGGCAUACAAGGAAAAUCUGUUUCUAAUGCCACUUUAUUGAUGAGAGAAUCGAUAUUUGUUGAUGACAGUAAUUAGAUCGUAAAUAUGCGAACUGAUACAUCUGUUUGUAAAUUGCAUAAUAGUAUUGUGGUAUGCUUGCAUGAUUACCAACCAGAAUGGCAAACCCUUUACCUGCCUGGAUAAUGUUGUAUUUUUAUUUUUUUCUAUAAAGAUUUAGCCAAUUAAAAUAACGAGUUAAAGUUCGUUGAAAGGCAAUUAGCACCCUGCUGCUUAUUUGAAGAAAAAAAAAGUAUUAAAUUUUGAGAUGGAUUUUGAAAUCUGUGUCACACAUCUCCCGCCACUGCCUUUGUACAUAUAUAAUAUCACUGCCCCAUGGAAUAAUAUGUUAAUCUUCUUGUUGUUUGUUUAAUAUUUCAUUAAUUAUUUUGUACCUUCAUUUCUUUGACUUUAGCGAGCUGCAACUAAAUCGUUUGAUAUGUGACUGUAGUCUGAAGUGGAUGAUUAACUGGAUGUCAAAGAUGAAAAGCAAGGGCAAAACCGUGAAUGUACAAGGCAAAUGUGAUCAUCCAUACGCAGUGAAGGACAAAAAAGUGAAUGACCUUAAGAAGAACCAGAUGGUUUGUGGUAAGAAUUAUUUUGAUUUUUGUGGUUCCAGAAAAUACUAGCCUGCGCCACAGAUGAAACUUACAUUGUAACUCUGGUUAAGUCCAUCGGUGAGACAGCACCGAAAUCCUUGUUCUGGGCCUGCACCUGUGUACCAGGAUUUGAGUAUGCACCAUGAUUGGCCUGUUAAAAAUGCCAUUGUCGAUUUGCUAAUCAAGAUUGGUUGAAACCAAUAAAACCUUUGUGGGUGGCGAUGGAUAUUUUAAGAGAAACACAUUGGUAUUAUUCAUACAGCUACAUGUGACAUGUAACACUAUCCAGAAGAUAAUAAGAAGUAAUAGACCAAAUCUUUGAGAAAACUUAUAUGGAUGAAGUGUUCUAAAGAGUUCUCAUAAUUUUUUAUUGACUAGCCAAAAUGCAAUGUUUCAUCUGUCACUUAUGAGAAUCAAACCAAAGCUACAUAUACAUUGUAGGGACUAUUCUCAGAACGGGUACCGAUACCUCUACUUUUGGCAGAUAAUUUACGGCAUGCAGUUUAUAAGUUAUUAUAUGGGUUUUUCUAUGUCAUCACUUAAAAUUAUUUGCAUAUGCUGAUAAGAAUAGCACAGUACAUGCAGGAAACAUGGGGAUCCCACCAUGUGCUAAAAAGAGGUGGUCCUUUACAAAGGAUAAAAAAUGAUUUAAAAAUAUAUUAUUGUAAAACCAUCACCAAAGAGAGGUUUUUGGGGCUGCUUAUGUGAAGUGGUUGUUUACAAGAGGUUCCAUGGAUAGAAAGCCACUCACAGGAGGUAGGUGGUUGCACAUAGAGUUUCAACUAAUGCUGUGUGUAUGUCAUUUUCCAUAGGUAGUGAUCUUGAACUUCCAAUCAGGUCAUUCGGCCCAAAAGGAGACCAGAUUGCUUUUAAUGGAGAUAGUUACACUUUUGAGUGCAAUUCGACCUGGUUACCUGGUACAGAAAUGGCUUGGUACAAAGGCAAUGAGCUAGUCCAUGUUGACCCAAGUAACAAGCACAGAAAUGUUUUGUUUAAGUUUGAUGCUAACAAGCUUGCAGUAUAUUCUGUGUUGGACAUAAAACAGCUAACUGCUGCAGAUAAUGGAUAUUACAGUUGUCAUAUCACUCACAAAGGAGGGUAUCAACAUAUAAGUACCUCUCAGUUGUUGAUAAUUCCAUCCAAUGUCCAGCAUUGCCCAGCAGUUGUCACAGAAACUGACAGGGGAACAUUUUAUUGGCAUCACACUGCAGCUGGGGGUGCUGCCUUUUUGCCUUGCCCUGUUGGAGUGAGAAGUAGCUUGUUAGAUCACAGCGGAACAGAAAGUAUGGCUAGGAGAAAUUGCUCUUUACAAGGUGUUUGGAGGGAAGUAGAGGCACAGGUGUGCGCCCAUUCAAAUGAAAUAACUCGUGCUCUUCAUGAUUUAAAGGAGGUGAGAGAAAUUUAAUGCAGGGCUGUCAACUCUCCUGAAUAAUCCGGGAGACUCCAGAUUUUAAACCGUUUCUCCCGGUCUCCAGAUGAGAGUCUGAAAUCUCCCGGAUAAUCGCCGAAGUUUGCUAUUUCUUGUAGAUUCAAUUCUCUGACAAUGAAAUUUCAAACAUUUUGCGUUGUUUGAGCUAUUUUUCUGUUAGCAUUGAACGUUUCCUCACAAACCCCGGUAUGCCAUUGUAAUAUAAGCAAUAAUGUGAUUGGUGGGAAUUAAACCAAUUAGGUCAAAUGUUUUAAUUAUAACAACAUCUUUUUUGUGCGUUUUUUUCCAAAAAAUGACGUCUUGUGCCCUGCAUUAUAACGUCGUCUAUCAACCUUCCCCAUCAAUUUUCAAUAUUUGAAGACGUAAGGGGUUGACAGCCCUGUUAAUAGUAGUAGUAAUAAUAAUAACAAUAAUAAUGUUAAUGAUGUGGAUGAUAAUAAUUGACUUUAUAAAUGAAAAAGGAGCAUCUGCUUGCAGCAUUUAACCUUCCUUUAGAAAACACUAGUAAUAAUAAAAUAAUUAAUAAUCAACCUUAUUAUUAAAGAAAAGUCAACAUUUAUACAAUGUUCAUGUACACCAUUGUAAUUUAACUGUAACAUAAUAAACACUUAUGCCUGGCUCUAAGGGAAACAAUGGGUAAUUAGUUUCACAGGGGUACCAAAGAGCAUACUAUUUCUUGUGAGAUAAGUUAUGUUAAAUGUUUUUUGUAUACCUCCCAACUCAUGCUCUCUUCUUGGAGAGAAUAAUGUCACUGUGCCAUGUGUCCAAACAAUCUACUUGUAACACCCUAGUGAACAGAACUCACUCACAUUUUACACCCUGAGAAACCAUAAAAAAAGAUAGGGGUCGUAAACACUCCACCCUGUAGUCUGGGAUAAGUUAGAUUUCCUUGCUGGCCAACUAACUUUUAAAGGUUCCCUCUGCCCAAUGGGCAAGAGUCCAUGCAAGUAUCCUCUCAUAAAGUCACUAACUAAUUAGUGCAAGAAGUGGUCCUUGGCAGGCAAAAUGUCAGAGCUGCUUGCCCAAAGACAAGCUGAAAUACAAGUUGUUUUGAGCCUUACAACUCAUCAAAUGGUAUUGAUUAUAGCGUUUUAUGCUUUUUUUUGUUGUAAAUACAUCUUUUUAGACUUAAGGCUGGUUUUCACUAGCGACGGAGUCGGAGUCAUAAGUGGAGUCGUAAGAGUGCUCUUGACCUAGUGAAAAUCGAAACCUGGAGUUUUAGCGGAAUCAUAAGUGCGACAGAAUCAGAUUCAGAAGAAUCAGAACGUUGCCAUUUCUUCCAACUCCAUGUACAAAUCCGUUGCUUAUGUUCUGCUUAUGAUCUAGUGAAAACCAGAUUGUCGGAGUCGGAAGCAGAAGCGGAAGGAUUAACCAGUCACAAUGGACAUUCCCAUGCUUUGUGAUUGGUUUGGUUCUUCUGCUCCUGCUUCCAACUCCAACAAUCUGGUUUUCACUAGAUCAUAAGCGGAACGUAAGUGACAAAAUCAUAAGCAGAAUUGGAAUGCCGUUUUCACCAAAUCAUAAGCUCUACCCUUCUGAUGACAACUCCGACUCCGACUCCAUCGCUAGUGAAAACCAGCCUUAAAAUAACACAGCUUGUUAAAACAGUGGAUUACUGGAUUUGUCAUAGCAAUAUUAUUUUCUCCACUUCCAGGAAGUUGUUAAUGAUGCAACGGUUGCCUCAGUCAGUGAACAGUUGCUGAACAUUUCAAAGCGAGCUAAAAAUUUCAAUGACCCCUUAGAUGUUGUUUAUGCUGCUGAGGUGGUAGAUCAUUUAGUGCAGGUCAUUGGCAGAGACCAAAUUGUAAGUAAAAUUUAUGUUGACAGGGUUUUUUGUCUUUAAAGCUGGUGGAACACUAAUUCUCUCAUGACACCAUUAGAAAUUUUGUUUUACCUCCAUUCCUAUCAAAGGGCCUUUUCAUGACAUGCACAUUGAAGUUUUACAUUUAGCAUUUAUGUUUUUUAACUGUAGUUGUUUGAAUAGCAAAUGGCAGUCUAUCAAACCAAAAAAAUGUAAUAAUUAUGAUGAUGACCUUGUUUAAAGAUAUAUUUUUAGCCUUGUAGAUAGUUCACUUUUUAAACCCAAGCGAAUUUUAUGGACAAAACGAUUUUUUUAUUAUCACAAAGAGAUUUAGAAGGCUUAUGAAUUUCUUAAUACUUGUCACUAGGUAACUGUUCCUUUGUCCAAAUUUUCCAAAAAUUUCAAAUAAAGCAAAUGGAACAGAGCAGAAAUUUUUCAGUAGGUGAUCAUUUCUCAUUUACCUGAAAAGUCUUAAAACUUCUGUGACAAAUUUAAGAAUGGAGUGGAAAUAUUUGAAGGAAAAUUUUCCAAAGUUCAGGUACAUGUAUAACCAUGUAAGGUUGGUUUAGAACAACAGAAAGAAAGAAACUUUUCCUUUUGCUACAUGAAAUGUUUGGAAUAGCAAACCACAAUUUUUUGCUGAAUGGGGGGCACCCAGGCAAUUCAGUCUUCUCAUACCUAUUUUGCAUACAAUUAUUUCCAAUUUUUGAUUGGCCGAAAGAAUUGCAGUUUAUCCUAAAGAAUGCAGUUAAGUCAAAAUUCUUCAUGAAAAAGGUGCAAUAAUAAGUGCUUUUAAUAUUUAUUGUUAAAAGGAUUAAAUUGUUAGUGUUCAGAGAAAUGUCCCUAAAUUUAUUUUUUUUUCUGUUGUUUUCUUUCAGCUAAAUUCAGAUUUAGUGAGUACGGUGAGUAAUAUUAUGGAAGCAGAUUCAGCAUUGCUAGUUGAAGCUCAGCGAAGAUCAAAGGCUUGUUCAAGGUUUGUACCCUAAAAUUUUAAUGAACAGGAAAAAUCUUGUUACCACAAUGUAAAGACUUCGCAGUAAACUGGCCAGUGAACUAGUGAAAAGGACAUUGUAGGGGAAGCUAUAUUGUUUUAGAAUAACAUGUAAGACAACAGAUUUGAAGUACACAAGGCACUCUGGUCAAUAAUCUUUGCCAGUAAUUUGACACUAUGUCACUUAAGUGUUUUCCUGCCCUGAAAGUCUCUUUUUUCUUAUCUCACUUACCUCUUUUCAGAUUUUUCAUUUCUCCUGAUCCCAGAAGUGAACCCAUCUGGCUACAGUGCAUUGAGUGUUUACUUUCUUUUAGUAGGUCACUUGCUAUAGUCCUGGAAAUGCUUGAAAUUACUGUUGAACAGCUCUAUCAACAACUAACUAAUCAUCUUAUUAUUGUUUUGACUGGCCUAUACCUUGGGUAUGACCUUGGUCUUGUUUUCAGCAGAAGUACUUGCUUUAUUCAAAGUCUGAUUUCUUCCUUGGUUAAACACUUGGACUAGCAGCUUAUUGGCAACGUCAUUAAUCAAAUAUUGGAUUGUUUCUCUUUUAGUAUGGUGAUUCUCCUGGAUCUAUUUUCCACAAGAUUUCCUAUGGACAUUUUGCCAGAUUUGACAUUUGUUACAAACAAUAUUGCAGUUUAUGUGGAGCGGAUCUCACCGAAUAAUGUCACUGGAAAGAUGUGUUAUGUUACAGUGGACAGCAAGUCUAGACUUAAUGACAUCGACUGCUUGCCGUGCAGAUAUAAUUCAUCCUGCGGAAGGCAAAUGGUAAGUAGUCUAUACACUUGGUACAAAAGAACCUUGAUAUAACGAACCUCUAUAACGAAGUCCUCAAUAUAACAAACCAUUCUUUCCACCCCAGUGAUAGUAAAACAUAUGAAAAAGAACCUCAGUAUAAUGACACCUAAUUAUAGUGAACAUAUUUUGCCAGUCUCUUGGCCAUUCGUUAAAUUGAGCUUCCACUGUACCCAGACAGAGUGCCCGGGUACGUUACACUCUGGCCCUAAUGUGAACCCACCACACUCAAAUUAAGGAACAGUGCUGGUUGCUGAGUCCAAAUUUGAGACCUUCGACGUGGGCACUAGAGUGGGCACUGGGUGUCCUGUGAGCUCACUUUUUCUGAUAGUUCUGAAGCAUUCCACUGCUUUGCUUGCCCAUAACUUCCUGCUAUACUUGCGUUACAAAAUGGUCUCUGAUGGAGUAAACUGGAGCAAAUAUGUUCACACUCACAUAUCGGGUAUCCAGAGUGGGAACACAACACCAUUUUGUGCCAGUCCCCAAGUACUAUAGCCUUCCCCGAAGGCGUUUUUAGGGAAGUCGUAUUAGGGAGUUUUAAGCUUCACGUAUACAGCUAACAGCAAAUGUCGGAUUCAAGUUGAGAAUUUCUCAAAAUAGAAAAUGAGCUGAAAAAACAGCUCAAAACAAUUUGUACAGCUGUAUGGAUACAAAAUUGCGUGAAACUACUAAUUUAUGUGUAUAAAUAAUAUACAGUAAAAGACAAGUAAAGUGGAAACUUGGUCAUGUGGUACAAAUUUCCGUUUGUCGUUUGACGUAAACGUGAUGCUUAACCUCUCUAUUUCCUCCCUAAAAACGCCUGCAUGGGAGACUGCAAGUACUAGUGAUUACGCUUCAAAUGUGAACAACCCCUAACUUUCUUUUAAUUCCCUGACUGAAAUCCUUUAGUGUUACCAUUCAAAUAAUUCUUCUUUGGUAGGUUUUUUACAUGCUAUUCUUGGCUUUAUUUUUUAUGGUGUUACAAAAAAUUUCUUUGCGAUUUUUUUGCCACAAUCAGAAGUAAAUCCCUAACAAUUAACUGUUUUUGUUUUUUGUUUUGUGCAUUUAUUGCAGUCCGUGGACACUUCAAUCUACCUUCCACCAUCGUUGUUUCAGUCUUUGCCAUCGGAUGUAAAUGUCAAAUUUCAGUUUAUAGUGUACUCCAACAGCAAACUCUUUCCUGAGGUUACAAAUGAAAGUGAAAAUAAACGAUCAGUGCAGGUUUUCAGCAGUGUUGUUUCUGCCCAGUUUGGUAAGUACUUUGUCUGAUUAUCAACUUCAGUCGAACCCCCUGUAAGCAAUUAGCCAAAUAAUGAUCUUGAUCCCUGAAAAUGCGAUUCUCUUUGGUCAGCAUCAAGCAUUACAAAGCUCUGAUGUAAAUAAGGGUUCCUCUGAUUGGCUGGUGUGAAUUAGAGUUUCUUGCAAAUGAUCUGGAAGUUUGGCGUGAAAAGUGAAUGUAAGGCAGUGGAAGAGUGUUGUCGAAAUAAAGAGAUAACUGAUUCUGCUGCAAUGCCCUGGGAAACUGCCCACCUACCCCUCCCCUAAGCCAACAUUUUGCCCUAAGUGAGAAGUAAGUGAUAAUGUUGUCUUUGGGGAGGGGUAGGUGGGCAGUUUCCCAGAAACCUUAACUGAUCCGGAAAUAGUACUGUUAAUCUCGGACUGUUUGUUUGCCCAUUUCAUACCACAGGAUAUUCUCAAGGGAGAAUUUCCUGUGUCUCCUUAUAAAAGGCGCAUUUAUUUUAAGUAAUAAUUUUACCCUAGCCACAAUGCCACAAUGCAAAAAGUGCAUGACUCAUGAACCAUGGUCCAACAAGUGCAGCGGAAUCGGAGAAAAAUAGGGUUAGACAAGUGUUGGAUCUACAGUCAAGCAUCAUGUAAUUAUCUAUGAGAUGGUUCAGAGAGACUUUUUCUUAUUUGAUAUCGAUUAUCUUCGUGCCUUAUAAAUUAUUUUAACUAUAAAUGCACAAAUUUAUUUGCAGGGGGGAUUCAGUUGGACAUUCUUUCCCAUCCAGUGAUCUUCAAGUUCAGAAAACAUCAGGUCUGUCCUUGACUUCUUGAAUUUCAUUAGCCUCUCUCGCAGCGCUCUUCCCCUCGGGACAAAAACGGCUGCAAGAGAGACUAGAAUUACAGCUAUUCUUGCUACUUUUUGAAAGAUUUUUAACUCCUCCAACAAACUUUGUUAUUGUUUGCCAACGGAAUUGUUAUUUAUACAGCAGGGAAAACAGCUUUUUCCAGUUUAUUGGGAACACGAUGGGAAUGGUGAGUGUUACAUGAUUUUUUAAUGAUAAAAAUACUCGGUUUUUAAUGAUGAAAGUGUUUACGAAUCUUGUUACUAAUCGUACGAUAAGCCACUAUUGAAUUAACCAAACGGCUGAGCCCUGGAAGCGCUCUGGGCCUCAGCUGACCUACGAGGCGUAAAUUUGGCAAAACAUUCUACAGAGUUCAUACCAUUUUGGGGCCAUGUGGCUCUCCUAGGACCCAUACAUGUAGUCUUUGGACGCCGGUGAAAGACUAUGGGCACUUUCCAUUCACCCAAAACUUUCGAGAGCAUAAACGAAUGGAACUCGUGUCAAAUGGAACACGUUCUUCACUCGAUGGACCUUUCCAUGGACGUUUCCGAAAGUUUUUGGUAAAUGGAAAACGCCCAAGGUCAACGCCAAUCAGAAUUAAAACUAGUGACUUUCUCCCCCGCGCUUUCCCGCGUAAACUGCCAGCUACCUCUGUUUACUUUAAGUUCUGAUUGGUUCCUUGGUUUGUCAGUCUAAAUGCUCACUUGUGAUUGGCCAGCAUUAUACCUUUGGGGGACUGGCGUUUCUUGUGAGUCUCUCGAAAUUACCCAUAUUUACCCGGCCCAGAUAGCUGUUGUUGUUUAUAUUCAAGAUCGAGGUUUCAAUAGCUUUGCAGAUAGUAUGACAAAACGGUCAGUUAACAUAAGAAAAUGGACUGUUUUGUUCGUUGGGACCUGCGCUUUAAUUCGUUAGAUUUUGGUGGGACGAUACGAUACCAGGACGUUCCAGAAAGGGCCCGCUGAAGUGAAAACCGUUCUAUAUUCAUUUUUUUGAAUGACUAAUAAUUAUGCACUGUUCUUGGUGUAGGUGGGUUAGGCAGAUGGGAGAAAAACGCUGACUGCGGAGAAGUCUCAUUCCACGGCAACAAUACCAUUGCAAAGUGUUCUCAGCUUUCAGACAAAAACUUCUUUGCUGUCAUGAUGGUAAUUUAAAAGUCUUUUGACUCGAAGUUUAAUUUAGUGUGAAACUCGUCUUUCGGUACACUAACAGCUCAAUUCUUGGCCGAGUUGCCCGAGCGUCGGGCUUACAAUCCGGCGGUCCCGGGUUCGAGUCCCGCUCUGGUUACCUACUGGAUUUGUUCUCAUACCGAGUUCAGUUUCUUGGCGACGCUUGUAAAUAGCCAACUGGUGGCCUCCUGGCAGCUGGGGUUUUAAACACCCAUAUGUUCUAUUGAAUGAUUUGUUUCUAGUUAUUUGACAGGAGUGCCUGUGAACAAGCUGGAAAAGCUAAGUGCACUUCCACUAUGGAACAACCUUCCUUUGCCAAUAAGGCAAGAUAGAAACAUUGAUUCUUUCUCAGGCAUUUUGUUAAAAUUUUAGGUAAAUUUUUAGGACACAUAAUUUUUUUAUAUUUUUCCUGCCAGGUAUAUAUAUAUUUUAGUAUACUUUGUACUUUUUUAUAUAUAUUUUUAAUAGCUUUAUUAAUUUAUUAGUUUUUGUUUUUUUAUUCUAAAGUGCGUUUGAUUAUUUAUAUAGAAAGAGCGCACUAUAAAUAAUAAAUGUUGUUGUCGUUCCACUAUAAUCAAGCCUUAAACCUUUUUAACCUUAAAGUGCUUGAAAUGUAUGGUUUUCACUCAUGAUGGGGUCCCGUACAUCGACUUGUAUUUGCUAUUCAUGCGGGAUUCUGACUAAACUGAUUAGGGUUAAGCACUGACAAUACUGAUUAGGGUUAAGCAAUGAAAAUAGUGAUUAGGGUUAGGCACUGACCAUACUGAUUAGGUUUAAUUAGCACUGACUCGAAACGGUGAGAUUCUAUUUAAGGUUAUAGUUGUUGCUAUAUGAAUUAAAAUCAAACUUUGCCUACAGGUGAGUAGUCCGUGGUAGAGUGGUUAGGUUACGAACUAUGGAUUCUACGCCCCGGGGUCGCUUCUCAAUCUUGCUCCAUCGAAUUUUUUUUUUCUUUUUAAAAUUUGCCACUGAAUGUUUUUUCCUUAAAAAUUGAACAGUGGUUGAAGAGACUUACACUUUCAUGGAAAUUUGUUGACUAGAAAUUUCAAGAGACUUAAAAAAUUUCAUGUAAUAUAUCAAACAUGAGACGCAGUGUUUCAUCACCAGAUGAAACACCGAGAAGAGAGUUGAAAAUACGACGCGCAGCGGAGUAUUUUUGACGGACUUCGAGGUGUUUCAUCUGGUGAUGAAACACUGUGUCGAAUGUUUGAUAUUUCUUCUCAAACAAAAUCAUUUUUGAAGGAGAAAUUAAGGAUGCAAAUACUAAGCAGUGUUUCAUCCGAUUUCCAAACACUCAUUAAACAUUAAUUUCCUUUGUAUUUUCUGAAUGAAUUAUUAAUGAGCUUGAGAAAUAAAUUUCAAGAAGAGCCUUAAAUCCCGUAUGAAUAGCAAAUACACGUCGGUGCACGGGUCCCGUACGAUUAGCCACUGGGUUUUAGGCAACUUUGUUUUUUCUUCUUAGCGUGCCCAAUGACCGUAAAUACUGAGUACCGCUGUGUAUUCAUUAUAUAAAGAUCGCAAAUUUACCUUACCUUUGGGUAAACGUUACCGAAAAUCUAUGCACUACACCGUUUGUCCUGACGUCUGUGGUUGCUUUUUCUUUCCUUUAUGUAGAAUGUAAGCAAGCCAGGCGGUGGUGGACCCACGAAUGCGAGAUCCGACGACAAUACUUGGCUUGAUGGCUCGUUAGAGCUUGUGGUGUUUGUUGGUGCAGGCAUUUGUUCACUGUUAAUCGUGAUUACUCUUAUCAUGUAUGCUUUCAUAAGGUACGUAUUCUUCACUCCAGAAACUAUAAUAUGAGGAAUGGGACAAGCUUUAAGCUCGUUGAUUUCUUUGAUCGUUUGAAUGGACAGGCGUUAGUUGUGAUCGGUCGAUAGUAUUCAACGCAACCAUUAACCAAUCAGGAUGUGAAAUCAUAAAAGGCUGUGUUUUGAUGGUCAAAACUACUGUUUUAAGCACACUUACGUAAACAGUGGCCGUCAUUUGAACGCCGCUCUUAUCUUCCUUUGCUGACUGUGUUAUCAGCCUCGGCCUUCAGCUCGGCUGAUAACACUUACCUUGACCUUGAUUGUUCCAGAUGUCACAACAACCGAACCUAAUGGAGACCUUAAGAUACCCCGAUAUCGGUGUACGGGUACGGGUAGUGUACCCGUACACGUAAAAUGUUCAUGUGCGUGACUAUUUCGAUUAAGAUACCCGAAGAACAAGCACGCAAAAUUAACUUUGUACAUGCAUGUCGCUUAAUGCAUACAAAAUCUCCCUCAAAUUCUACACUUCAUAUCUUAACAACAAGCUGCAACAAAUAAUUCAUUCAUACAUAAGCUUACUGAAAUAUCAUAGAAAGAUUUUAAGAAACUUGGCGGGAAGUCCCUCGACCGAAAGCUUGUUAUCGCAAACCCCGCCAUUUGAUCGAGGCACAUCACCAAACAAUUCCUUUGAUUGUCAACUUCAACAGUGACUCCCAUGCUAAAUUUUUCAAUGCUAUUUCUUUUGCGAAACUCAAACGUUCGAGAAAUUCUCAGAAAUUCCCCCAAAUACCGCCACAAAUUGAUAUCGUGCCAGAGUUCAACCUGCGCACGUGAGGUCCAAAAUCAAUACAUUUUGAAGCGCUUUCUUUACAGCUAAAAUUCAAAUUUGGCAAAAAUAUGUGAACAGACUUGCAAUAACAUUGCCAAGGAGUCAUACAAUUUACAUUUGUACUUAAAAAGUCUUAAAAACUUACUCGUUUCUCCAUCAUGUAGGACUUGCAGCUACUCGUAAAUCUUCUACGGGUAAACUGGUGUCUACCCCGGAAAAACGGCUGGUUCUACCGGGUAAGGUCGAUGACGUCACCACAAAAUGAAAAAAACAUGGCGCUACCCGUUACCCGUACACCGAUUUCGGGGUAUCUUAAGGUCUCUAAUAAUUGUUUAUUAUCACGUCUUUCAUUUUAUUUUCAGGGAGCUGCGUUAUGACAGAGACGAUGCAGCUAUGUUGAUGAAUCACUGUAUUGCGUUACUAGUGACAAUCGUUGUUUUCGUGACGGGUAUAAACCACGUGUCCAACCCAUUGUUGUGCCGGUCGAUAGGAGUUUUGUUGCAUUAUUUCUCGUUGAGCUCACUUCUUUGGAUUGGCUGCACUGGCGUCUGUCUUCACCGACUUAUAAGAACCUCCAUUGAGCCUGAAGAAUACAAUCCAGUUCUGAGAUAUUACAUGGUCAGCUGGGGUAAGUUGAUCUGUGUUAUAGACUGUCGAAAAUCCCCUUUUUCCCGUAAGGUCGUGGAGAUCAAGUGCUCGUUUUAACGGGCCGCCAUCUUGGUUUCAUAUGUACCGAGGGGGAGGCCAUCGGGGCUUUAUAGCAGAGGGGAAGGAAAGCCUCCUUCCAAUCCGUCCCCCCCCUCCCCGCCCGGCACCUUAAAAGCGGGGAUCCUGCCUAACGAACCAGUGCACUUUAUUUUGUCAACUGUUAUUUUUAAAGUGUUAGCUGGAAAACCAUUGAAACCUCCAUCUUGAAUGUAAACAAAAGCAGCUUUCAGUGGCGUUCAGAGCCCGUUAUUUAUCGAAACUUUCGAGAAACGGGCUCCAGUACGCCUCUCAAAGGUAUCCGUUUUGGCGAGAGGUGACUUAACAGCGUAGUAUCUCUGAACAUACAUCUAUGUAGGGCGGCCACUUUCCCUUAAACGGACCCUAAGUUUUCCUAACCGAUUUUUAGUCAUUUCCAGCUGAAAGUAGGGCUUGUUUCAAAUGGCCUUCGAAACUUGCAGCUUCUUAACUUCUUUGUUCUUAUUUUUUAUAUAUUCUUUAGGCAUACCUCUUAUCAUCUGUGGAAUCACUAUUGCUGGCAAUGUGGAAAAUUACAAAAUUGAGGAUUAGUAAGUUAUCCAACGUUUUCAUUUUCUCUACGUUGGCGUCCGUCCUAGUUUUUCUCAGAUGCCCGCCAUCCUUUUUAAAAAGUGUGCUUUUUUCUUUACUCAUUUUUCCUUUUAAUUUCACUCACGUUGUUGUGGCUCAGUUUUACAGUUGGUUUGAAUUUUAUUUACUUCUGUUUUAAGGCAUGAUGAUGUUGGUUAAUGUACUUGAAAUUUGUUGGACCUCAACAGCAGAUUUACCAAUCUCCCCCCUAGUUUCUUCCUCCUUCCCUUCGUUCUCUCAUGUCCCAGUGAACGGGAAAGAGAUACACUGGAAACGAGUGGACUCGAGCACAUGAACUUCCAAACGGGUUUGACCAAUUGAGGUUUCUGAAUAACUGACCAUCUACCCCUCCCCUAAGUCACAGUUUUGCCCUAAGUGAGAUGUAAGAGUUAAUGUUGACUUAGGGGAGGGGUAGGUGGUCAGUUACCCAGAAAGCCCAAUUGAUCCAACAGGUCCUGGUAACCAGCUACGAAAUCACUUACGGCCAGCUAGCCAUUUACUACGUUCAGACAUGUGUGACAUACUUUUCGUAUAUUUUUUGGGUAAGUAAUUUUUUUUGUUAACGUUUUUUUGAUGUUUUUCAUUUUUAUGUUACAGCUGCUGGCUGAAUCCAAAUCCCUUUUACGGAGCGUUCCUGGGUCCCGCUUGCCUGAUAAUACUCAUUGACUUGAUCAUCUACCUUCGUCUCUCAAACCUGAUCAAAGAAUUGUACGAUAACAAAGACGUCACACCACAGGCGGGAUCUGAAGCCGAAGCAGAAACGGAAACUGCAGCGGAAGAAAAUGCUCUUGUUAUUGAGUCGGCUCCUCAACCUGGUGCAGAAAACAGUGGCGAAGGUGUGUCGGAUAAAUCGACUUUGCCAAACAAGGAUGAAAUGAUGGACCUGCUUCGAGGCAAUUGUAUCAUUUUGCUUGUGAUCGCUAUGACUAUGGCUUUGGGAAUCAUGGUGAUAAGACAUAAACAGCCCCUUGCCCUCUACAUAGUCUUAAGUUGCAUUUUUGCAGUCGCGCUCAUAAUUUUAGGAGUUCUUAUCUUCAUUUACCAUUGUUACAGAAAAACCGUCGUUCGGUUGUUAUGGAAGAAGUACUGCUGUAGAUGCCGGUGUAUACCAGAUAAGAAAUAUAGAAUUCAGGAGGACUGUGCCCCAGUGGAAGGUGUUGAAGAGGCUCCAGUUUAUGAAACUAUAACUUCUACUGCAAAUGGAGAGGCGGGGCAGUUUAGCGGCGAGGAAAUCCACGGUGCAAAGAAACUCGGAGAUGGUGAUUCAGUAUCUAAUGUGUCUUUGCCGUCUUCUGCGGCCAUAACACUCAAUAAAAAUGCACUUGUCGUUGCACUGCCAGACAAGGAUGUCGAAGUUCAAACGGACAAGGCGUCAUCAGUGUCUGAUAAGCAAUCCUGGGCAUCAGCCCCUCUUCCCCACGGAUUCAAACCCCGAGGAAAGCUUCUUAAGAAACCACCAGGAUAUAGGCACAGUUAUACUGAGUACACUCGCGAGACACCGACCAUUGAGGAAUGUCGACGGGCACCUCUUGCCCCUCCCGAGGGGACUGCAAGUUCUAUUGACUCUAGUGCACAACUUCCCACCGACACAGCAUCUUAUAUUGCGCCCUCAGAAGGACUUUCAUCAGUACGUGAAGCGAUAGAGACGCUUAAUGCAACUCGCAAUUCUAACGCGUCGUGUUCUGCUUCUGAAGUUUCCAUUCCAAUAGACAUCCCUCCCAUUAAAAAGAGGCCUCCAGUACCUGGUUCAUCUUCCCAAGGUUCGGAGGGGCCCCCUCAGGUGCAGUUCAAAAACAGCCGUCCACCAAUGCCUAAUGUGACAGAUACCACGCCCGUGUCCACACCAACGCCCACAGCUCAGGAUUUGUUCUCUCACUAUUCCAUUGCUGAAGGUACGGCUAGCAACAUUCCACGAAAUAUCCCGCGGGAUCAUGUGGUCGUGCGGGAAAAGUAUCACAUUCCUUAUGAACCGCGGGCGAUGUCGGAAAAACCUCGAGACCACUAUCAAAUACUGCCUCUUCCAACGAACAGGAGAGACCAUUAUCUGUUGCAGCCUGGUAAUGAACAGUAUCAAGGUCAACGGGGCCAACAUCUCGGUCCAAAUCCGCAUAACCAAUAUCAGGCAGCGCCAGAGCACUACCCUAUACCCGGAGAUCAUCACCCAGCCGUAGCACAGAGAACUUAUGAUCUUAAUCAAGUACCAAGUCCAACGCAAGGACGGCCUUACGAGUAUUAUCACAUGCCACGUGACACGACACACAGUCUAUAUCAGAUGGCACGUGAUCGAGCAGCUAACCGACCUUAUGAAAAUUAUCAAGUGUCUUACGAGCAGCGUCCAGGACAGGGGACAACUGAACGUUACCAAGAGCAACAUGAACAUAACCCGGUUCAUAGGUCACACGAACAAGCCCCCAAACCAGCUGAUUUUAGCCAUAUAUCGAUUGACCCAGGGUUUAGCAACAAGUCACCUGAUCAUAUUAACAUGUCACAUGAGCCAAACAUUGGUCCAAAGUCACCUGACCAUAGUCACGUGUCACAUGACUCUAGCUUUGGUCAAAGAUCUCAUGACGGUUACCAGAUACUUCGUGAUCACAUGCCACGUGACCAGUAUCCCCCUGAGCGGACUUACGAGAACAUACCGAUUCCUAGCGAACAAAGUUCGGUUCAAAACGCACACGAGCACAACACAUCUCAUGACAGUGAACUACCACGUGAUGCUGCACGUGACCAUAGCGUGACAAGUGAUAAUGUUCACGAUUCGGGUGUGGAAAGAUCACAUGAUCAGUAUGCGGGAGAGGGACCUCGCGAACAACCACAAGCUUUAAAUCCCGGGGAAGACAACACAGCGGUUGACAAAAUAGCAGGACUGCCUCUUGAUAAGAACGGAGCAAGGGCUCCAAACACUUCACGUGGUACUCGUGAACAGCCGAACGGAGUUCAUGUUUCUCGUCGAAGACGGCGUAAUCCUUAUCAAAUUGCACGUGAAAUACACCACAAUCUUGGUAUUGAAACAAGAAAAGUCGAUGGCCAGUCUCGUCGUGCUAAUCGAGCUGCUGGCGAAACAAGAUCGCAAUCACAGAAGAAUGCUAACAGAGCUUUACUAGUGAAUCCAGCUGAAACGCCGAAAGAGCGAACCCCUCGGUCGUCCAUGUCUUCUUGGAAAGAUGAGCGAUCGAAGCCUAAGCAGAAAGACUGGGGCGCUGAGCAGCCCUCGUCAGCUGUGUUUGUUCCUGUACCUUAUCUCAAGCGUACGACUCCAGAACCACAGCGAAACGAAACUAGUGUAUAG